CAGUGAACUCUUUUGCUCUCCCAUGGCCAGAUAAGCUGUAUUCACACACACACACUAAUCACACCAGCUCUAGCCUUUUUUUGUCUCAAAGCAAUCAUUCAAAGAAAAAGAAACAGACAACUACUCACCGUCUCGUCUCGCGCUCAUCAUCUUGUAUUAAACCGAAGGGUUGGCUGCUAAAGCCUUUCAAUCUCCAAUUUCCUUGUAGUUCCUCUCUCUCAAUUCCGGAGUAGGAAAAAAAAUGAAGACAUUCACGUCUUUCAUCGUUGUUUUCCUUCUGGGUAUUUGCCAUGUGUCCAUGGCAGCACCGGAGAAGGUGGAGAAGAAGACUUACAUUGUUCACAUGUCUAAAUCCGAGAUGCCGGCCAGUUUCGAGCACCAUACUCAUUGGUAUGACUCGUCUCUCAAAUCAGUUUCUGGUUCAGCUCAAAUGCUUUAUUCAUAUGACAAUGCGAUUCAUGGGUUUUCCACCCGGUUAACCCCUGAAGAAGCCGAGUUACUUCAGAGCCAACCCGGGAUUCUCUCCGUGUUGCCUGAGCUGAGGUACGAGUUACACACAACUCGUACACCUGAGUUUCUUGGACUUGAUAAAGCCGCUGAUAUGUUCCCUGAGUCUAACUCUGUCAGCGAUGUGAUUAUUGGUGUCCUAGACACCGGUGUUUGGCCGGAGAGCAAGAGCUUUGUCGAUAUUGGAAUGGGUCCGGUGCCAAGUAGUUGGAAAGGCCAGUGUGAAUCAGGUACCAACUUCACAUCUGCCAAUUGCAACCGCAAGUUAAUUGGCGCGAGGUUCUUCGCUAAAGGUUAUGAGGCCAUGUUAGGCUCCAUCGAUGAAUCCAAGGAGUCCAAAUCCCCGAGAGACGAUGAUGGCCAUGGCACACACACUGCAUCGACGGCAGGUGGAUCAGUGGUGGAAGGCGCCAGCCUUUUUGGGUAUGCUGCCGGGACAGCCCGUGGGAUGGCUACGCGCGCCAGGGUCGCUGUAUACAAGGUGUGCUGGAUUGGUGGUUGCUUUAGCUCUGAUAUCUUGGCGGCGAUGGAUAAGGCCAUUGAGGAUGGUGUCAACAUUCUUUCCAUGUCGCUUGGUGGUGGCAUGUCUGAUUAUUAUAAAGAUAGUGUAGCCAUUGGAGCUUUUGCAGCUAUGGAGAAGGGAAUACUGGUCUCUUGCUCAGCUGGAAACGCAGGCCCAACAUCAUAUAGCUUAUCAAAUGUGGCCCCAUGGAUAACUACCGUUGGAGCUGGCACAUUAGAUCGUGAUUUCCCUGCUUUUGUUAGUCUGGGCAAUGGGCGAAAUUACUCUGGAGUUUCUUUAUACCGAGGAAGCACUUUACCGGGAAAGCUUUUGCCUUUUGUGUAUGCUGGUAAUGCUAGUAAUUCCACAAAUGGGAAUUUAUGUAUGAUGGAUUCUUUGAUACCAGAAAAAGUUGCUGGAAAAGUAGUGAUGUGUGAUCGUGGAAUGAACGCCAGAGUUCAGAAGGGAGCUAUAGUGAAGGCAGCUGGUGGUCUGGGGAUGGUUUUAGCCAACACAGCAGCCAACGGUGAAGAAUUGGUAGCUGAUGCUCACAUGCUGCCAGCUACAUCAGUGGGUGAAAAAAAUGGUGAUGGAAUUAGAAGAUAUUUGUUGGACGAUCCAAACCCGACAGUUACAAUUCUUUUUGAAGGCACCAAAGUUGGGAUUCAACCAUCGCCGGUGGUUGCAGCUUUCAGCUCAAGAGGGCCUAAUUCGAUCACAUCACAGGUCCUGAAGCCGGACUUGAUCGCACCAGGUGUUAACAUCAUAGCAGGAUGGGCAGGUUCAGUUGGUCCUACUGGGCUGUCAACAGAUUCCAGGCGCGUCUACUUCAACAUUAUUUCAGGCACCUCAAUGUCCUGCCCUCAUGUGAGCGGCCUCGCAGCACUACUCAAGGCUGCCCACCCAGACUGGAGCCCUGCAGCUAUAAGAUCAGCGCUAAUGACCACAGCAUAUGUAGCUUACAAGAACGGGCAGAAGCUGCAAGAUAUUGCUACUGGGAAAGACUCCACCCCAUUUGAUCAUGGUGCAGGACAUGUAGACCCUGUAUCAGCUCUCAAUCCAGGGCUUGUGUACGAUCUAACAGUCGAAGAUUACUUAGGCUUCCUCUGCGCCUUAAACUAUACCGCCGCACAAAUAAGCAGCCUCGCAAGAAGAACAUUCACUUGCGAUGCGAGUAAGAAAUAUAGUUUGAACGAUCUCAACUAUCCUUCUUUCGCUGUCAACUUCGACACCACACAGAAUGGUGGCGCUGGUGUGGUUAAAUAUUCGCGAACUCUUACCAAUGUUGGCGCUGCAGGGACCUAUAAGGCAUCCAUUUCAGGUCAAUCUCAAGGAGUAAAAAUCUCUGUAGAGCCUCAAAUGUUGAGUUUCAGCCAAGAAAACGAGAAGAAAUCUUAUACUGUUACGUUCACCGGAAGUUCAACGCCGGUCAAUACUAAUGUCUUCGCUCGUCUGGAGUGGUCCGACGGGAAACACAUUGUUGGGACUCCAAUAGCUGUUAGCUGGACUUAGAAGUUGAAGAACAAUGGGGAGAUAGUAGAAAGAUGGGUUCUUUACUCUGUCUCGAAGAGAGGAGUGCAAUUGCGUAUUACGGAUGUUAUAUUGUUUAUUGAAGGCUGGAUUAGUGUUUGAAGAAUGUUCUCUGAGAGAGAGGACAUGGAAAUCCACAAAAAAAACAAAAAAUGUGGGGAUAUUUUCUCCUCUCAGUGUACAGUGUUAUUGAUCUGUACUAUGUAUUGCAGGCCUGGUGGAUUUCUCAAUUAAAGACUUAAUUAUCAACA